CACACACUCUGAUAUAUAUUAUUUGACUGUUUCCGGCUUCAGGAUCCAAUUUUUGUUUUGUUGCGACACCUGGAGCGACUUCAUCGAUCAUGAAUCCUGAAUAUGACUACCUGUUCAAACUUCUUCUGAUCGGAGACUCUGGAGUGGGGAAGUCGUGUCUGCUGCUUCGCUUUGCGGAUGACACUUACACUGAGAGUUACAUCUCCACCAUCGGAGUGGACUUUAAGAUCAGGACCAUCGACAUGGACGGGAAGACGGUGAAGCUACAGAUCUGGGACACAGCAGGUCAGGAGAGGUUUCGAACCAUCACCUCCAGCUACUACAGAGGAGCUCAUGGUAUCAUCAUCGUCUACGACGUCACAGAGCAGGAGUCCUUCAACAAUGUGAAGCAGUGGUUGGAAGAGAUCGAUCGUUACGCCUGUGAAAAUGUCUCCAGGCUGCUCGUGGGAAACAAGACGGACCUCGUCAGUAAGAAAGUGGUGGACGCCGCCACCGGGCAGGACCUGGCCUCGUCCCUGAAGAUCCCCUUCCUGGAGACGAGUGCUAAGAGCGCCGACAACGUGGAGAAGGCUUUCCUCACCAUGGCCUCUGAGAUACACAAACGUGUGGCCAGCGAGGGAGGGGGGAUGCAGGGGGACGCCAAAGAGGCCAGAUCCCAGAGCGCCAAGAUCAACAGCGCCCCCCUGUGGCUGGGAGGAGACAAACAGACGAAGGAGUCAAAUAACUGCUGCUGAGCGGGCGAUUAACACCGUGCUGACAUGAAACAUAUCUUUUUUUUCAAAUGGGAGUUCAGUCGUUGUAAACACACACACACACACACACACACACACACACACACACACACACACACACACACACACACACACACACACACACACCUGCAUACUCUCAGGACUAUGUGAACGUGUUCUGGAAAAACCUGCAUGUUUAUAUAUUUGCUAUUGAACAAAAACUUUAAUGUAAAAUAUGACUUCUCUGGAUGAAACACGUGAUUUUAGGCUAGAUUACAUUUUGAGCUUCACAUUUUUUAAUCCAACACACGAUGAUGUUCCUGUUUUAUUAAAGAGCAGAGAAAAUCAGACUUUCUUUGAAACAACAAAGUGAAAUGGACUUUAAAGUGGUCGUAUGAAAUACCAAUAUUUGAAUAAAAAGGUGUGCAAAUA